AGCAUGAAAAUUACAGUUCUCGGAUCCCGACUAUUUGGACAGAUUCGUAGGAUUGAAGGAUUUGAUUUUUGUAUCCGAACUAAAUUUUUAUUUUUGCACAGUUUCCUCGAUUUGUUUACCUUUCCUCAAUUUGCUUUUAAGAAAUACGCCUUUCCUGGUUCAUUUUGUAAUUACCAGCUGCGGAGUUGAUGAGGAUCAUAAAGGCAUAAUCGGCAUUCAAGCGUAAAGGUAUCAGUAAAUUCGUAUCAGUUUCUGAAGUGAUGUCGAAUCUUGAAAAAAGCCCCAAACCAGUUAAAAUCAACUUUACAAGCUAUGUACCUCAUGAUGUUUCCAGUCAGGCUCCUGUUAUUUUCAUACAUGGAUUGCUAGAUACGACCGCCACAUGGGACAAAGUAAUGAAAGUAAUUGCUGACCGAACUAAACGAAAGGUGUAUGCUCUUGGAUUACGGAACCACGCAGAAAGCGAAUGGUCUGACGAAUUCACCUUACCAGCUCUUGUGGCGGAUGUAGAAGAAUUCAUGAAAUCUAAAGCUAUUUCAAAAGCUAAUAUUGUUGGUCACAGUGUAGGUGGGAGAAUUGCAAUUGCUUUAGCUUUAUAUAAGCCAGAAGUCGUCGAAAAGUUGAUAGUGGAGGAUAGCCUUGUCACUGAGCCUCCAGAUGAUUUUCUUGAACAAUUCUUAAAAACUUCAAAAGAAUCAAGGAAAGAAAUUUCCAAGCUGCCAUGUUGCGUAGAUGAAACGACAGCGUCAGACCUUGUCAGUCAAUUUGUCUUACAAUGCUUAUCAAAGAUGUCAAAUGAAUUUUCUCGCGUGCCUCUUGUAUUACCCGUUAAAAAGAAUAGCGAUGGAAAAUUUGAGUUUCAAGUCAAUUUGGAAGUGAUUGAAAAGGUGAUCGAAGAAAAGACAUGCCAUUUGGAUCUGAGUAAAGCUCAUAUAUGUACUAUUGAUACUCUUUUCAUUCGUGGAGAAAAGACAAUUACACC